CACUCGUUGUGGAGUCCCUCUCCGGAUGAGGGCAUUCGGGUCUGUGGUGGGUCUCCAGUGCGGGAUUCACUGGCUCCGAGAGGAGGGCUUUACGCCAGGUCCAUGAUGCCGUGGUUGGGCGUUCAGCCUGGGGGCUUGUCCCUUCAGUUUUGCGUCUUGCGUUCCGCGUGCUUCUUGCGUGCUUCUUGCGUUUGCGUUCUCUUUUUCCGGAAUUGCUUUGCUGCGUUGUUUGUUUUGCGUGCGUUCUGCUCUUCUGCUUUUUUAGAUCUUGGUGCUUUUGCACUCGGCGUUGCUUUCGUCUUUAACCUCCCCUACCCAGGUUUCCUUCUCCUCUCUCUCUCUCUCUCGCUUCUUCUCCGGCCCCGAUACCCUCUUGGACACCUUCGCGGUGGUUACGCUAAUGGGAACAGGAGGGCGGGAGACACAGUCUCCCAAGGACUAUAUAUUGCUUAUAGUCAUGUUGCUUAGCGGGUCGACUACACUGCCUCUAAGUAACAAAUUAAACAAUUUUUUGUACGUAGAGUUUUUUUUUCCCUUCGGGGUUUUUUUUGCUCUCUCCAUUGCAUACUUCAGUUUACCGGGGGUGCAAAGAAGGGAUACUGGAUAAUAGCUUAGCGUUAGAAACAUAUUGCCGAAAGCCAUAGCAAUUGUUGGCAUAUUAUGAAGUCGAGCUAUGAGUUC